CAGCGUUUGACGUAUUCCAGGGGCAGAGAUGUCAUUAUCAUAAUAUAUUUCUCUUUUCAGUUUUGACAUCACAUCGACGCGGUUGUAGAAGUCAAAAUGUCGAAGGUAUCGCGUGAUACGCUCUACGAGUGCGUCAAUGCUGUGCUGGAUUCUUCAAAAGAUAAGAAGCGUAACUUCUUGGAAACUGUCGAACUCCAAAUUGGUCUGAAGAACUAUGACCCCCAGAAGGACAAGCGUUUCUCCGGCACCGUCAAGCUAAAGUACAUUCCCAGGCCUAAGAUGCAAGUGUGCGUUCUUGGUGACCAACAACAUUGUGAUGAAGCCAAAACCCUCACUGUACCUUGCAUGGAUGCUGAGGCUCUUAAAAAGUUAAACAAGAACAAGAAGCUUGUCAAGAAACUAGCUAAGAAAUAUGAUGCUUUCCUUGCAUCUGAAUCACUCAUCAAACAGAUCCCCCGUCUUUUGGGUCCUGGUCUGAACAAGGCUGGCAAGUUCCCUGGUCUUCUGUCUCACCAGGAAUCUAUGACCCAGAAAAUUGAUGAGGUUAAAGCUACAAUUAAGUUCCAAAUGAAGAAGGUACUUUGUCUCUCUGUAGCUGUGGGCCAUGUUGACAUGACACCUGAUGAACUAGCACAGAAUGUGCAUCUUUCAAUCAACUUCCUUGUAUCCCUUCUGAAGAAGCACUGGCAAAAUGUGCGAUCACUUCAUAUGAAGUCAACUAUGGGUCCACCUCAGAGAUUGUACUAAAUCUUUACAAUAAAAAUUGACUACUGAA